AGCUGUUACUCCAGUUUGCAUCCCCCCAAUACAAUGGAUUCAGAUGUGGAAAUCAGAGCAGUGGAGACUUGUUGUCGACAGGAACUGAUUGCAUACCAAGGAGAGCCCAUUUUAGAACCAUACCAAGGUAUGGAGUUUGACUCUGAAGAUGCUGCAAAGAUGUUUUAUGAUGACUACGCCAGGCGUGUUGGAUUUGUCAUGCGUGUCAUGUCGUGUCGUCGAUCCGAAAGAGAUGGUAGGAUUCUUGCUCGUCGAUUUGGCUGUAAUAAGGAAGGCCACUGUGUUAGUAUUCGAGGUAAAUGUGGACCCAUCAGAAAACCUCGAGCCAGUACAAGGGAAGGUUGUAAGGCAAUGAUUCAUGUUAAGUAUGAUAAAUCUGGUAAAUGGGUGGUUACUAAAUUUGUUAAGGAACAUAAUCAUUCACUUGUGGUGUCUCCACGCGAAGCACGUCAAACAAUGGAUGAGAAAGAUAAGAAAAUUCAAGAAUUAUCUGCAGAGCUUCGAAAUAAGAAACGCUUGUGUACAACAUAUCAGGAACAGCUAACAGCAUUUAUGAAAAUUGUUGAAGAGUAUAAUGACCAGCUAUCCUUGAAAGUGAGAAACGUAGUUGAUAAUCUUAAAGAAUUUGAGUCCAUAGAUGUUGAGCUUAUGCAACGAGGAUAGCCUCCACCACUAGAGCAACAAGAAAAACAGAGACAAAAAAGAAAACAAGCAGACUGUAUCCCAUUGAUAUGCAAGGCCUCCAACAGGAAAUGAUGUUAAUAUUCAAGUUUGCAAGGGAUGCCUAGCUGUGGAUUUGUGGUGAUAUGGUGCUGCUGCAUGGGUAUCUAAUCUCCCACAGCAGAAGUUAGCUUUUGUGUAUGUCAGUUAAUGGCAGUUGUAAUAGUUUGGCUUCUAAAGCUAUGUAUAUAGAGCAAAUUAAUGAACUGGGAAAUUAUGGGU